AUGGGAAUAGCCAGGAAAUGUUCAUAUUGUGGAAACUUUGGUCACAAUGCAAGGACUUGUGACAAAAGUUUCAGUCACGGACAACUAAAGCUCUUUGGAGUGCAACUUGACGUUUAUUCUUCUUCUUCUUCUUCAUCAAUCUCCUCUACUUCACCUUCAUAUUUUGCCAUGAAAAGAAGUUUCAGCAUGGACUACUCGUUAUCUUCACGGACCUCUUCUUCUGUAUCCUCCUCCUUUUCCUCGCCUUCCCUACUUGGUGCCAAUGAAAAUACAGAUAGUUACUCCAGUGGCCUAAUAUCAACAAUCCAAGACACCAAAAAAGGUGCACCGUGGACAGAGGAGGAACACCGGAAAUUUCUUGAAGGGCUUGAGAAGCUGGGCAAGGGGAACUGGAGAGGCAUAUCUAAAAGUUUUGUGACAACAAGAACACCUACCCAAGUGGCCAGUCAUGCACAAAAAUAUUUUCUUCGCAAGUCUCAGAGAAGUUUCAAUAAAAGAAAACACCAUGCCAACCUGUUCGAUGUGGGAAAUGGAAGUAAAAUCACAUUUACACCAUUUAAUUCUUGCUUUUCUAAAUCAAGAGCAGCUUUUGGUACAUUUAAAUUCCAUUCUAAUGAUCUCAGCAGCUUCAGCCAAUUAAGUAGCAAUCGAACUUUUAUUCCUCAGUGGCUUGCGCAUCCUCAUUCAACAAAUUGCAUUUUUCAGAGCAAAGCCCCAGAUUUAGAACUCAAACUUGCAACUCCUACGCCAUUGGAGCUCACAGAGGCAUGCUCUACAAGCCUUUUAAGUUGA